UUCAGCACGGGUCUAGAGUCCUGGGCGGCCGCUGGGAGGGCGCUGCAGAUCUGCUGGCGCCAGAGGCUUCCUGCUCGGUUCUGCAGUGCGCGGUGGCUCGCUGGGCCCUGGGUGGGCGGGGCCGCACCCCCGCAGUCGCCUGUAAAGGAGGGACCAGACUGUGCGGGUUAACUUGAGAAGUGGCGGCUCUAGGUUCUGGUGCGAGACUCCUUAUUUGUGUUGUAAAUUUGGACGGAGGUAGAGAUGGACGCUGCUCUACUUAACACUGAGUUCUCAGUCUGGAAAGGAAAAAAAGCAAGAUGAACUGAAGAAAAUGAGUUUUUUUCCAAAGGAGAUAGAAUAUGGGGAAGAUGAGAUGUCAGACGAUGGAAGUAGAGAUGAGGAUCGUCUAUGCUGACUUCAAAUCACAGGCUGAUGCAGAGAGGGCCUUGGAAGACAAGCAAGGAACAAAGAUUGAAGGGCUUGCCGUAGCUCUGGACCCUGUUGGAGAGAAAACUCAAGGCCAAGAAGAGAGAGGCUGGAAGAACAGCACGCGGAGAAUGGGAAAACGAAAGCUAGAACAAGAAAGCCACACAUUUCAAGAAAAGUGGGAGCGAGCCUAUUUCUUUGUGGAGGUAAAGAAUGUCCCUACGUGUUUAAUAUGCAAACAAAGCGUGUCUGUGUCGAAGGAGUAUCACCUCAGACACCAUUAUGAAACAAACCACAGCAGGAACCAUGAGGGAUAUACAGAAAAGAUGCGUGAUAAAAAACUAAAUGAGCUGAAAAAAAGACUGAAAUUUCAACAUGAUGUCCUUUUGAACAUGAAUAAAAUAAGUGAUGCUGCUAUGAAAUGCAGUUAUGUAUUAAGUGAGAAAAUUGCCCGGGCAUCCAAACCUUUUACAGAUGGCGAGUUUAUAAAGGAAUGUCUAUUGAGUGCCGCGGAGAUUAUGUGCCCUGAACAGAGACACGCAUUUGCGAACAUAAGACUAAGUGCUAAUAUUGUUCCGCAGCACGUUGGCGAUGUGGCUGGGAACUUACAGGACAAGUUGCGAGGAAAAGGUAAAUCAUUUGUGGCUUUCUCCAUUGCAGCUCAUGAAGGGGCUGAUGUAGAUAAUGCCCCCCAACUGGCUGUAUUUAUUCGUGGUGUUGACGAAACUUUUGAUGUGACCGAAGAGCUUUUGGACAUGGUACCCAUGACAGGCACCUCAUCAGGAAACGAAUUAUUUGUAUGUGUUGAGGAAAGUCUUAAAAAAUUUAAUGUAGACUGGUCGAAAUUAGUCAGUGUUAGCACCGAUGGCAAUUCUGCACUGGUUGGUGUUGAACAACUUGUUACAGAACUUAAAUCUAAGGUGUCAGGGCUUUGCAAAGACACAGAGCUUAAGUCUGUGCACGGCCUCAUUCUCCAGGAGUCACUUUGCACUAAAAAGUUAAAAAUGGAUCAUGUCAUGGACAUAGUAAUUCACACCAUAACCUGGAUACGUUCCCAUGGCUCAGACCACAGAGAGUUCAGUGCUUUGUUCAGUGAGUUAGAUGCACAGUAUGGAAGCUUGUUUUCCGUGGGACCUAAGUGGCUGAGUCGUGGCAUGGUGUUAAGGCGGUUUUUCGAACUGUUGGAAGAAAUUGAUUUUUUCAUGUCUUCUAAAGGAAAACCUGUUCCCCAGCUUACUAGCAAAGAUUGGGUCAAAGACUUAGCCUUUCUGGUUGACAUUAUGACUUACCUAAACAUGUUGGAUAUCUCCCUGCAAAGGCGUUCACAAGUGGUUACGCAGAUGUAUGACUCAAUUCACUCGUUUUUAAUGAAACUGUGUCUUUGGGAGACUCAUUUGGCAAGGAACAAUCUGGCCCACUUCCCCACGCUGAAAUUAGUUUCCGAAAAUGAAAGAGAUGGCCUGAACUAUAUUCCCAGAAUUAAAGAGUUGAAGACUGAGUUCCAAAAACGGUUCUCUGAUUUCAAACUUUAUGAAAACGAGCUGACAUUGUUCAGUUCACCUUUCUCAGUUAAUAUUAACAACGUGAGCGAGGAGCUACAGAUGGAGGUUAUCGAACUACAGUGCAACACGAUGCUGAAAACGAAAUACGACUGUGUCGGAAUCCCAGAAUUCUAGAAACACCUUGGGAAUGGUUACCCUAAAUAUAAAAACCAUUGUGCAAAGAUUCUGUCCAUGUUUGGAAGUACCUACGUUUGUGAGCAGCUAUUUUCAGUUAUGAAACAACAGAAAACUACUAAGUAUUGCCCCCAGUUAAAAGAUUCAGGGGUGACUUCCCUGCGGCACGUCGCUGCACCAGAUACACACCCUGGCGUCGAAUGACACCUCGGGGCUUAAGAAAGGAAUGUCACGUUUUGGAUUUCAAAUCUAAGGAGUAAUACAUUAUGAGACUUUGAUUAUUUCGAUUUCCAAAUUGUAUUUGUUCACUGUCAAAUUUAAACUACAAUCUCUGGCAUCCUAUGUUUGUAUCUUAUCACGUAUAAAAUAAAGUUUUAUUAUACCUUG